GUUUUGAAUUGUGUUGCAGAGGUUGUUGACAGAAUAAGUUGCUGUUUCUGUGUCAUCUCAUUAAGUUUGAAGCCUCUCAGAUAAAAUCGUGUCCGGUUUUGCACCGCAGCAGGUCGGCAGAGCUGUCAGACCUGAGCUGCCUCCAGUCCCGCCCGCUGAGCAGAUGUCCGGCUUCGACCUUGUCCCGGUGGACGGCGGGACGCCCGUCCACUUGCCCCCGGGGGAGACGGUGCUGGGCAGGGGCCCCUUCCUGGGAGUCACUGAUAAGAGAGUUUCCAGACACCACGGGCUGCUGGAGAACCUGGACGGACAGCUGCGUCUCAAACCGACUCACCUGAACCCGUGCUUCGUUCAGUCGUCUCUUACCGACGACCCUCGACCUUUGCAGAAAGAUUCCUGGCACCCUCUUCAUCACGGAGACAUCUUCUCUCUGCUGCCAGGGCAGUUCAUCUACAAGGUGGUGGCUGUGGGCGGAGGAGAGUGCACUCCCAGAAACAGUCAGGUAUUCAAAGAAGAAGAGGAAGAGCUUCCUGGUCCUCCAGAGCCAGACGUGGAACCGGCUCUUCCAAUUAGACAAGGCCGUGCUGGGACUCCACCCCCUGAGGACGAAGACGGCAGAGCUUUGAAUGAGGUAGACUCGGCUCUUCCGAAGACAGCGGAGGACGAUCACGGUGACGCCGCUCUGUCUGCAGUGAAGAAGAGAGUUUUACCUGCGUGGAUGAUGGCGGCUGCCGCAGCUCCACACGCUGCUUCCUCCAGCCCCAAAGGUGUGAAGAGAAGGAAAACACCUGCAGGAGCAGCAGCCAAACAGGCCACGCCCACUGCAACCUCCUUACCUAAGGAGGCGGAGCUUAGUGAGGAGGAGGAGGAGGAGAGGCCGAGGAAGAGGAGGAAUAUGAGUGAUGAUGAAGAAAACGAGCCUGACAACUUCCACAUGGAGGCGGAAGAACAGGGAAAAGGACGGGAGAUGUCCAUGAUGGACAGAGACGCCACGACACCAAUAUCUAACACCAGUGAGUCUGAGAAGGACAAGGAGCCGAGAAACAGACGACAAACGACUAAACGAGCAGAGUCUGAGGGGUCGAACGGCGGCUCUGCAGCCGCUCCGUCCAAACCCGGACGCAGAACGCCGUGUCCGUACGGGAAGGACUGCUACAGGAAGAACCCGUUCCAUUUCCAGGAGUGCAGUCACCCCGGCGACACCGACUAUGAGGAGGAGGAGGAGGAGGAGGCGGACCGACCCGAGUGCCCCUACGGCACCGACUGCUACAGGAAAAAUCCUCUUCACAGGAAAGAAUACAAACACACCAAGAGACCAGCUCGCGCCGCACGAACCGUCCCCAAACCGAGCCCUGAUGAUGAGGAGGAAGGGGACUCAGGCGACGACGACAGCUUCAUUGAUGACAACAGCGAGGACGUGGGCGAUGACUCAGAUUAUGUCCCUCCUGACUCAGAUGACAGCGGGAAGGAGGACAUCAAAAGACUGCAGAGGGAAGCGCAGGUCUUUCUGAAGAGGAGGAAGUAGCUCCGCUCAGCUUCCUCUUGUCUUUUUCUGUUUGUAGUUUGUCUUUGAAUCAGGCAGGAUUUAUAUGUUCAGCAGUUAAUGAGACUGAAUCACCUGAAGGAGCCGCAGCAGAGAAAAUCAGCAGCUGAGGCCUCAGUGAGUCCCACUGAGCGUGUGCAGUGUGUGUGACCCACAGAAUCCAAAGCACUGCGCUGCUGAAACGUAUCUGUGGCCUCCAGCAUCAAACACGUCUGAGUUUUAGUCAGAGAUCAGCCCUGACAUCACAAGGUUUCAGGUGAGUCGGUGGGACAGUCCCGACCAAAGGGACGUUUAGGCUCCAAGCUGAUUAAACUAGUAGAUAUUUUCUCUUCCGUCCUCCAACGAAACGUUCGGACUUUCUGAAACUCAGUGCUGUAGGCCGUGGUCUGAGACGCUGGUCUGAGACGCUGGUCUGAGACACCCCGGUCUCCUGUUGAUCUAACAGGUUUAAUAAAGUCUGCAGCCGGGAGGUGAAAGCUGGAGCCUGAGCUCUCAGCACCUCAGUGUCGGCUCUCUGGCCUCUCGUCUGUUUACUGACAUCAUCCUACAACAUUUCUGACUCCAUGUUCUUUGUUUUGAAGUUACUUCCUGCUGCCCGGUGUGUUUGCAGGCGUCGUCAUGGCAACGGCAAAGCAAACGCCCGGCUGUAAUAAAUCAGGCUGAGGGAAGACGUCCUUCCAGGUGCAGCUUUAGAUGAAGCGCUGAUCCAGUUUGGCUCCAGCAGUGGUUCUGAUGAACACUCUGACAGAGGAUUAGUCCAGACAUUAGAUUCUCUUCCUGUUUGAAUUCUGUCUUUGUAAAUAUGAGCUUUUGGAGUUUUAGGAGUAAAGUAUGAUGUUGACUGUUUUUGUUUAAACACAUCUGAUGAAAAUCGAAUCCGUCUCGUCUUCAUUUCAUUUCCUGUUGUGAAGCUGGGCCGAUGAACCUCGGCUCAGUUUCACAGUAUUUUCAAAGAAAAACACAAAAGCUCAGUUUGUUCAUUUAUUCUUCAAAUGUUGUUACAGUUUCUAUAAAGUUUGUCUCCCACAUUAUUAAAC